UUUGUGUUUAGUACCCGACUCCCCGGUAAAAGAAAAACAGCUCCGAGGCACACUGCCUUGACGGCUUAUAUACCCACAAUUUUUCUGCGCUCACAAGUGUGCAUGGAGGGAGGAAGAGGGAGUAAGAGGACGGGGGGCAUCACUCUUAACUGGGACGUCUUAUUACCCGAACGCGAAGACGAACCCCCACCGGAGCUGGUUGUAACCUCUACGGCAGCGCUAAAACCGCAAUUGACGGUGAUGGACGAGGAUGAAUGUCGGGACGACUUCAGGAAAUUGUCGGAUGAAGAGCUCAAGGUUAAGAUUGCGAGAAUGAAUUGUAUUCUAUCUAACGGUGCCGCCAAAAAUCUGGGUGAUGGUGGUGAAAAGCUUAGAUUACGUAUCAACCGGCUCGAGGAUGAACAGGAGCGGAGGAAACGUGAGCUCCAGCAUAAGGACAUCGAUGAAGGAAAAGAGCAUACUCACAACUCUGCAGGUGUAUCUACUGGCUUCAAGCAAUCAGCUCCAUCAUCUUCCACUCCACCUUCACAAUCUUCAUUUGCUUCCCGUUUUACAAAGAACAUAAAAACAACAGGAAACCAUAUUGCCUUUGAACAAGAAAUGUAUACUAUGAAUCCCUGUGUCAAUAGAGAGACACGCAAAAGGCAGAUUUCACCAAGGAGAAGACAAGAGAGAGGGCUCUCUUCUCGUAAAGCACAUAGUCUGCAGCUAUCAAAUGCUGGUUCAAAAAGAAGUAUUUCUUCUGCUACUUCACUCUCUGAGGGACUCUUCUAUGGCAGUGUUACAAAGAAAAAUUCUUCUGAUGUCCAAUGCUCAGAUGGUCCAAGCUGUAAAAAUAUAAAGGAAUGUUGUGGUAGAUUGACGGCAUCAUAAAACCCAGUCACAACUAUGGACAUGAACCAUCAUGAAAAUUUUGCAGGGUUGUUCCCUAUUGAAUGUCAGUGGAUGGCCUCUGGAUUUUAUAUUGGUUCAUGUGUCUGACAUUAUUGAAUUGCGAAUAAAACUUGUUUAUUGUUGUUUUCUUAAUGUUUAAUUAAUUUAUACGAAGUAUGUUCUGAGCAUUAUAUUUGGAUUCAAUUGCAUUACCUUCUUGCAGGGUGAGACAGUUGUUCUUCUGGAUGAAGAGGAGCAUGAGGCUGAACAGAUGGACCAAUUAGACUUUAUGGAUGAAUGCACAAAAGAUAUGAAGCUAUACUAUCCUUCUAGAGAUGACCCAGAUCCAAUUCAGCUUUGCUAUUCAGACAUGGAUUGCCUUGCUCCUGAAGUUUAUUUGUCAUCAACUAUGAUGAACUUUUACAUCAGAUAUCUGCAGCAGACAAGGUCUCUACUAGAUAAUGGAGGAUGCAACUAUCAUUUUUUCAAUACAUAUUUUUAUAGCAAGCUUAAAGAGGCUGUGCUGAAAAAGAAUGACAGGGAGUCUUCCUUUGUAAAGUUAAGAAGAUGGUGGAAAGGCAUAAAUCUAUUUGAGAAAGCAUACAUAUUUUUACCAAUUCAUGAAAGUCUUCACUGGAGCUUGGUAAUUAUCUGCAUACCAGAUAAGGAGGAUGAAUGUGGACCCAUCAUACUUCAUUUAGAUUCAUUAACGUUGCAUUAUAGCAAGCCAAUUUUCAGUAACACUAAGAGAUUUUUAGUAGAAGAGUGGAAAAUCUUGAAAGAUGAAGGACAAUGUUUACCCAUUGCAGAUAACGUAUGGAAUAUGCUCCCUUCUAGGAUUGAGAACGAAGAAAUUGAGGUUCCUCAACAAAAGAAUGACUAUGACUGCGGUCCUUUUGUGCUUUUCUUUAUUGAACGAUUCAUCCGUGAAGUUCCUGAAAGACUGAAAAGGAAGGAUCUAACGAUGUUUGGAAAGGAUUGGUUUAAGCCUCAAGAAGCUUCUAAGUUGAGGCGAAGACUCAAAAGCUUACUUGCGGAGGAAUUCAGAAAAGCUGCUAAGGAACUGAAGAAACAAGAAUGCGAAGCCAUUGUCUAACAUUCUUUGGAUCCUAAGCCUCUUCCCAUCUACAAACAGGUUUUAACACUGGUAGAUAAUCGGUAGCUGGUCGUGGACAUGUGGUUUGCCUUGGAUGGCAACACCAUGGAUACACUAAUAAACUGGAGACUUUUGGAGUUGCUGUAUAUAGGACUGACAUUUUUGGACCAUAAACGGCAAAGAAUUGGAAUAUAUGCCGUCUGUCCAUUCCUUGAAGGUAAAUAUAACUGAGAUAUGAAGGGGGUCUAGUUGUGAUCACUUAUCAGUAUAUGCUCUCUUUUAGUCGAAUAGCUGACUAGGCCAUUGUUUAACACCCAAGCAUCCUUUUUAUGGACGUUUGUUUACUAUUGGACAUAUGUAUGAUUCGUUUUUCGGACAAUCUAGUUGUAUACUUGUAUAUGCUAAAUCUGCCGAUUGAUGGGAAAUUAUUGCAAUCUUGUGAAAGUUUUUACUGACUAUGAAAGUGUUUUUAUAAUACCAUGAAGGCAUGAAGUAUGAAAA